UCAGUUCACCAUGUCACUCCACUGGGAAUUGAAAGUACUUCUUGUGAGCUGCGUUUUUUUCAGCACCAGUCAUGCUGGCGGAUCUUGUGGACCCAAUAGGACUCAUGCCUGUGUACCCACUCAAUUUUGCUCCGAAGGUCGUAGUGUAGUAACAAACCCAGCCGCCUACUUUAAUAGGCAGUGCUUCUCAUUUGAGACUUGCUGUGAAGUCAAUAAGAUCGUUUUUGGAAAGCGUUACAGUGGAGGACAGUUUGUGGCAGGUCCAUAUGAACAAGGUGCAAAUACCAAUGAUCAUCCCAAUAAUGCGGGUGGAAAAACUUUGAACGCAAAUAGUCAGAUACCCAGUAAUACAGGUGUUAAAGGCUCUACAUCAAAUGCUCACACUCCCAGUAAUAAUGGUGUUCAAGGUUCAAAAACAAAUUUUCAGACUCCCAGUAAUAAUGGUUUUAAAGGUUCUACAACACAUGUUCAGACUCCCAAUAAUUCUAUUGGAAAGACAUUGACUACAAAUAAUCAGGGUCCGAAAAUUUCGGAUGGAAAAGCUAUUGUGCACAGUACAAACAACAUUCCAAAGACUCAUAUAAAUUAUAAUGUGGAACAAACCGCGUCAGUUGGUGGUCACUCUCACGGUAAUUCAGGGAAAACUUUUAUAGGCAAUCCGCCUACUAAUUUGCAAAAUAAUCAUAAUUAUAAUCAUCAUACUCAUAAUAAUAAUCGCAACCCCAGCCCGAAUUUUGGUACCAAUGGUGGAGUGCAUAUAGGAGGAAAAACUGUGUCUAAUUACAAUAAACUUAAACCCGCAGCAAAUGCUAAUAUUAGUCCUGAUAACACUGAAGAAUAUCUUAAUACAGAUAGCAAACCUAUUGGUUUUGAUCCCUUGGAACCUAACUUUAGGAUGCAGUAACAAAAAAGCGCGACUCAUUGUGUACUGUUUAACCAUUUGAAUAUAAUUAGAGAUACAAAAUUAAGUUACUCUCUUUAUUUUGUAUUAUUAUAAAAUAAAUCAGAGCUUAAAAAGUCGGCAAAUCUUUAACUCAAUCGGAGAAAGUGAAAAAAGGUCUGGAAAAGUCGGAGAAGCGGCGAGAGUGCCGGAGAGAAGGGACAGCUAGACCGCUGCAGCUGUCACCAUUGACAGGAAGUCAAAAGUUGGCAUCCCUCGAAAGCGGAACUGAAACUGACAGCAACAAAGACACUCACACAGACACCGCAAGGACAGCCGAAAAGAAAAUCGGGUCACAACAACAACGAAAAAAAAUGAAGGACAGAAUUCCUUAAAAAAAGAGAAAAUUUGAUUUCCACAGACAACUAAAAUAUUUUUUACCCCAUCCUACGCAACCAUCGAACCUAUGCCAGCUGCUGGAACCGAAAGAAAUCAAAUUUUAAUAUAAAAAGGAAAAAAGAAAACGGGAAAACAGGGGAAAGAAAAUAAGAGGACCUUCCGAGUGCGUUUUCCAGCUGUUUCCCUUCAACGAGAAUUUGUCAUUUCUUUUUCUCAGAUUUUUCCCGUCUCAUUCUAAGCUUGUUUGCAUGUGUUUCUCUGUCUGUUUGUGGUUCGUCCUUCCUUUGUUUUUAUUAUUGUUUUCAACAGGAAAUUCGUUUCCCUUGUUGUUUUGCUUUCUCCGUAUUUUGGUUACAAGUUUUCCCCAUCAAUUUCUUCCUCUGAUUGGGAAAAUCGACAGACCCAACGAGUCAAAUCCUUCAGAAAGCCUUUAAACUUAAUGCAAUGGCUUACCUUAAUUAAAACAAAAUAUGUUUAAACUUCGAGCUGCCUAAUGCCUUGGCCAAAUCCUAUUGCAGUCUUAAAAUUUUCUGUCUUAAAAAUAACUAUUUCUUAGAUUGAUAUAAAUUAUUGAAAUUAAACCCUUUAAAAUAAUCCCGCUUUAAUCUCAAAAAUUGUUCCCAAAAUUAUUUUAUUUACCAGUCAGCCUUACACUCAAUUAAAUCAACUUAUUUUAGGUCAAAUUAUUUUGCAUAAUGCCGAGAGGCGGGAAAAAAAGAAAGCCGCUGUGAGGCAGCAUCUCAAGCUCAUUAAUUUAACUUACCAGAAAAGGCAGAAAGUGGGCGUUGGGGGAAAAUUCAGGCCAAACAAUACGGAGAUAGGAGACCGGGAAACUUGAUGUGCGGCCAGGUAAGAGGGGGCAAAAAGAAACAGCGCCCAAAAAAAGCGGCAAGGAAGCGGAUUUUCAUUCAAGUUGCCAGCCAAAAGGAGGAGGAAGUCGGCCCACAGUUUCCUCUCCUUGGUAAUGAUUCAGCAUGAAAUCUUUGGGUGACUGAGGAAGGGCACGGAAAACAACAAAAUCAGCAGCAGCAACAAAGAAAAUCAGCAAAAUGUAACGAUGUCGACGUCAAAGCAAAUGAAACUGAAGACGAGAGACCGGCGACCGAAGAGAAAUUUCGGACGAACAUCAUUAGAAAGUUGCUGGAUUUUGGUCGGAGUCGGGUGGCUAUAUCCAUCCGACCUUGCUAAUUGUAUGACAACAGAGGGCUGAGAGUCGCCCACCUGGCCGUAGAAAUAUCCCUUCCUGCCCUGCCUUUGCGCCCCUCAAGUAGCUCCGCGCAUAAAACUAAGCUGCCAAUUCAAUUUCGUAAUCAGAGUGGCAUGAAAAAUUAAAUAAAACAUGCAAAUAAAAUUA